AUGACGACCCUCACCCCCCGUGAGCCCUACUCCCCUGAGGAGCUCGAGCGGCUAUAUCCGAAAAACCUGAAGCUGCAAUUGGUGCAGGUGUUCUUGCGUCAUGGCGAACGUACCCCCGUUUCAUCGCGAUUUCAAAAUACAGGCCUGAGUCCAUAUUGGCCUUAUUGCGGGGUGGCUAGACGCAUGGUCCAGAUGGCUGCUAGCAACAAAGAGCUCUCCUCAUGGAAUGGGUUCCAAUGGCGCCGGAAGAUGGAGGCGUUUGGAAACAACGACGAGUCAGUUGUUGCCGCGGGUCCCGGCAAUGAAAUCGAGGCGAUGUGCCAGCAUGGCGAACUCACUGAUAAGGGGCGCGAAACAACUUAUGCGCUGGGAACUCGCCUGCGCCACCUCUACGUCGACCAGCUCGGCUUUAUGCCCAAGAUCAAGUCCGAUACGGAGGACAUGUACCUGCGUGCGACGCCGAUCCCCCGCGCUCUCGAGUCUCUACAGCAGGCUUUCUGGGGCAUGUACCCGACUAGUGCGCGCACACAGGAUUUCCCACCGCCAGUGAUCGUCGCCCGCUCUGUGUCAGAGGAGACAUUGUUCCCUAAUGAGGGUAACUGUCGUCGUUUCCGACAGCUUGCACGCCUCUUUGCCGACCGCGCUGCAGCUCGAUGGAAUGACUCUGAGCAGAUGGACUACCUGAACAAACUCUGGUCCAAGUAUAUGCCCGAAGCCUCGCCCAGGGUGGCCGUGGAUGCUCAUCCCCGUCUCUCGGGUAUCAUGGACACUAUCAACGCUACUGACGCCCACGGCCCAGCUACUAAGCUCCCUUCAGAGUUCUACGACAAGAAGGGCCGUCUUAUCGUUGACCGGAUUGCUGUUGAAGAAUGGUUUGCCGGCUACAAUGAGAGCAGCGAAUACCGGAAGCUCGGUAUCGGUGCUUUGAUGGGUGACGUUAUCGACCGUAUGGUGAGCACCGCUGUGGAUGGUGGCUGGCGUAGCGAGAGCUCCGCAUCUGGGUCUGGCAUUCCGGAAGCUGGUAAGCCUAUCAAAUUUGCCAUGAGCGGAUGCCACGAUACCACUCUUGCAGCUAUCUUGUCCAGCGUCGGCGGUUUCCAAGAUGAGUCGUGGCCGCCUUUCACCUCCUCCAUCGCCAUUGAGCUGUUCUCGCAGGCUCCCAGCACCACUGUUGAUGCCGGCAACAUGCUUGAGGAAUUCUCUAACCCGCCCGUUGCCGCGAGGAAGCCCGGUGUCCUCUCGUCCCUCUUUAGUGGUGGCAAGUCUGCGCCCAAGCAACCGGCCCCGUCUGAGACUGCUCGCACCCCCGUCCUGUCUUUCCCCGAGGAGACUCGCGAUGUUUUGCGCAAGCACUACGUCCGUAUCCGCUACAACGACCGGCCCGUGCGCAUCCCCGGCUGCGCAGUCAAGGCUGAGAAUCACCUCCCCGGCGACGACAGCUUCUGCACGCUAGACGCCUUCAAGGAGAUCGUUGACAAGUUCACCCCGAAAAAUUGGCAAACCGAGUGCGUUGAGAAUUUGGGCAAGGGUUUGCACGGCCCUAAUGACCAGGCACGGGCCCCGGCUGGCUUCUAG